AUGCAACUCUCCUCCAGGUUCCUUCACGGGAAGGAGCCACUAGGAGCCAUUGUCCUGCUCGGUGUCCUCGGGCUCCUGUGUGACCUGGGCAGCAGUAGCUUUCUCCGAAACCAUCUCCAUCCCUCCAGCUUCUUGCAGAGAAGACUAAGUGGUCGGGAGAAGCGGGAAAUGCAGCGGGAAAUCCUGUCCAUUCUAGGCUUGCCUGGCAGGCCGCGGCCCAAAGCCCCCCCGGGGGGCAAGCCGCCUUCCUCGGCCCCGCUCUUCAUGCUGGACCUAUACCACGCCAUGGCCAGCGAGGAAGAAGAUGGAGAGGUUGGGGGUGAAACCGAGGUGGCUUGGAGCAGAGGAGUCUCCAGACCUGUUCUGACCAGCUUAAGCACUCAGAGUCCUCCCUUGGGAAGAGUCAUCAGUCAUGCAGACAUGGUCAUGAGCUUUGUCAACAUGGUUGAACAUGACCGAGAUAUAUUCCACCAGAAACCCUACUGGAAAGAGUUUAGAUUUGACUUGACCCAAAUUCCAACAGGGGAAUCUGUGACAGCAGCUGAAUUCCGGAUUUACAAGAUGCGAAGUUUCACUCGUCACAUUAACAAAACUCUUCAUAUCAGCAUAUAUGAGAUAAUCAAGGAACAAUCUAACAGGGAAUCUGAUUUGUUCCUGUUAGAUAUUCAAGAACUUCGAGCUGGUGAUGAAGGCUGGUUGGUUUUUGAUGUCACAGCAGCCAGCAACCACUGGUUAUUAAAUCGUAGAAAUAACCUUGGACUGCGACUUUACGUAGAAACUGACGAUGGACACAGUGUGGAUCCCGGAUUAGCUGGACUCUUAGGUCGGCAAGGCCCACGUUCCAAGCAACCUUUUAUGGUCACUUUUUUCAGGGCAAACCAGAAUCCAAUCCGGGCUACUCGGGCAGUCAAACACCUGAAGAAGAGACAGCCAAAAAAGACAAACGACUUACCACACCCAAACAAACUCCCAGGAAUUUUCGAUGAUAUUCAUUCUACCGAUGGCAGGCAAGUUUGCCGAAGGCAUGAGCUCUAUGUUAGCUUUCAGGACCUAGGAUGGCUGGAUUGGGUCAUUGCACCCCAAGGAUAUUCUGCUUAUUACUGUGAAGGAGAAUGUGCUUUUCCUCUAGAUUCUUGCAUGAAUGCAACCAAUCACGCCAUCCUGCAGUCACUGGUUCACCUGAUGAAGCCUGAAACCGUCCCCAAGGCCUGCUGUGCUCCCACCAAACUUAGCGCAACUUCGGUCCUUUAUUAUGACAACAACAACAACGUUAUCCUCAAAAAGCACCGAAAUAUGGUUGUGAAAUCAUGUGGCUGUCACUGAAAGUCCCUGAGGAAAUGUAAGCUGCAUUUUUAAGAAAAAAAACACCUUAGCAGGUCUGAAUCACAGGUAAUUGUUGCCAAAAUACAGAACGGGGAAACUUCUAGUUAUAA